CUACCCGUGAACUCACCACGUCAUGUCACUAUUGUUACUAUAGAAACCUAGUAUAGCCCAGGACAGCUAACGUUUGCUAGCUGAUCGCAGUAUUGGGUCAUGUAGUUUGUUUUUUAGUUUUUUUUUUUAAUUAUUACAAAAGAUGGAGGAUCGCUUCGCCCUUCUUGCUGAGUGGUAUGACCCCACUGCCGCUCUCCUGCGGCGCUACCAACUGUUCUACUACCCUAAAGAUGGCUCAGUGGAAAUGUUUGACGUAAAGAACCAGCGAAUAUUUUUGAGAAGGACCAAAUAUGACAAAAUCCAUCAAGAGGACUUAUUUGUUGGGAAUCGAGUGAAUGUGUUCUCUCGGCAGCUAAAUCUGAUUGAGUAUGGGGAUCAGUUCACAGCAAACAAACUUGGCAGCAAAAAAGAAAGAACUCUCGCCUUGAUAAAGCCAGAUGUAGUGACGAAGAUCGGUGACGUCCUUGAAUUGAUCUACUCCUCCAACCUGAUUGUGACCAAAGCCAAAAUGACAAAUCUUACCAGCAGCCAAGUGGGAGACCUCUAUGUGGAACAUCAGACGAAGCCUUUCUUCACUAACCUGGUACAGUUUGUGUCCUCGGGCCCUGUGGUUGCCAUGGAGCUGAUGGGUGAUGAGGCCAUGUCUAUCUGGAGGAGGCUCCUGGGACCUGCAGACCCUGCUGUGGCGCGGAGGGAAGCACCGCAGAGUGUCCGUGCCCAGUUUGGAACAGAUGGCAUCAAAAAUGUUGGGCAUGGCUCUGACUCACUUGCUGCAGCAGCAAGAGAGCUUGAAUUUUUUUUCCCUACCACAGUUGGCUACGGUCCCUCCAACACAGCCAUCUAUACAGACUGUACAUGUUGCAUCAUUAAACCUCAUGCCAUAUCAGAAGGUCUGACUGGGAAGAUCCUCAACUCCAUAUCUGCAGCGGGAUUUGAAAUCUCGGCUCUUCAGAUGUUCAAUGUGGAUCGGGCAAAUGCAGAAGAAUUCUACGAAGUUUACAAAGGUGUUGUUACAGAGUAUCCCAGUAUGGUGACUGAGCUGUGUUCUGGACCCUGCAUGGUCCUUGAGAUCCAUGGCGCUGACACACCAAAGACCUUCAGGGAAUUCUGUGGACCCGCUGAUCCAGAAAUCGCACGGCAUCUUCGUCCGACCACGCUGCGCGCCCUUUAUGGCAAAGACAAAGUGAAAAACGCAGUCCACUGCACAGACCUCCCAGAAGACGGUGUCCUGGAGGUGGGUGACACGUGCACAUUGUACUCUCCAUGUACUGCAGCCGACACCCACAUUGUUUCAUCUGUGUAGCUCCUCUCAUCCUGCAAAUGGGUUUUAUCAUUGUCUCUCGCUCCAUGCAUAAAUAAGUACCUUAGCCAAGAACAAAGCCCCCUCGAGUCCGUGAAGCCACGUCCUUAGACCAGUCUCAUGACUCCGCUCUGUGGGCCGGGGCAACCUUAGAUCACACUGGUUUUGAGGAGAACAAGAAUGGCAGAGGAAUUUGAAACAAAGCCAUUGUUUUGCAGGGAGUGGGUCUGACCCAUCGAGCGUCAUUGUUCAGGAAAACUCCUGAU